AUGUUUAGCCCAGCCCUCAAGCGCAAAGCAGACAACUCCGCUUCGUCACCAGCAGACACCAAGAAACCAAAAGGUGGCAGUAUUACCUCGUUCUUCGGUCUCUCCCCUCGACCUACAUCAUUCAACAAGGACAAAUGGGUGGCAUCUCUGAAACCCGAGCAGAAAGAGCUACUGCAAUUGGAGAUCGACACCUUGGACGAAAGCUGGCUCGCCCACCUAAAAGACGAGAUCGUGACAGCAGAAUUCCUAAACCUGAAGCGCUUCCUAAAGAAGGAAAAGGACUCGAAAGCCAAGAUCUUCCCACCCGAAGAAGAUGUUUACUCUUGGUCCCGCCACACCCCACUACACAAAGUAAAAGUAGUAAUCGUCGGCCAAGACCCGUACCACAAUGACAACCAAGCCCACGGCCUCGCCUUCUCCGUCCGCCCACCAACCCGCGCCCCGCCCUCCCUGGCAAACAUCUACAAAGAAAUCAAAAAAGAAUACCCGGAAUUCGCCCUGCCCCCGUCAAACGGCGGCCUCCUAACCCCCCUGGGCCGAACGCGGCGUCCUAAUGCUAAACACCUGCCUAACCGCUGGGAGCGCUUCACCCAGCGCGCAAUCGAUCUGGUCGCGCGCGUGCGCACGAACGGCGUCGUCUUUCUCGCGUGGGGGAAUCCGGCCGGUGUGCGCGUUGCGAAGAUUAAUCGGGAGAAGCAUUGUGUGCUUUUGUCUAAGCAUCCUAGUCCGUUGAGUGCGCAUGGUGGAUUUUUCGGCAAUAACCAUUUCAUUAAGUGUAAUGAGUGGCUUGCGGGGCGGUAUGGUGAGGAUGAGAUUAUUGAUUGGGCUUUGGUUCCCGGGACUUCUACGAAGGCUCCCAAGGAGAAAGAGGCUCCCAGUUCUACGUCUGAUAAGGAGAAUUCGUCCAGUUUGGCAAAUGCGGAGCUUGAGGGGGUGAACACGAAGGUGGCGGAUGCUAAUGCCAAGUGCUCUCUCGACACUCUUGAUAAGGUGCCGGUGAAGGGUAAGGCGGAUGCUGAUGAUGAGUUUGAUGAUGAGGAUGCGUUGGAGGCUUUGGUUGAGGCGGAGAGAAUGUCUUCUCCUGUUGGGAAGGCUUGA